AUGCCCUCACAAUCCAACAACCCCCAGCGUCCAAGCCCUGGUCACGUUCAGACAAACUUCAACGCGCAACGUCACGCCAUGGCUCCCCAGUCCGCAGUCAGCGCGUCUUCCAGAGCCUCCAAUUCCCAGCAUGGCUCACCAAUCAUGUCUCCAGAGCCUACCAUUCUCACCUCCAAUUCCUCCAUCCAGGCCUCGCCGGAGUCUAUGCGGCCUCAGUAUGAGGACUCGGUCCCCCCAGCGUUUCAGCUCCCGGAAUCCAUCCUUGGCGAACCCAUCUCUCGAAAAACCAGCCUCAAUUCACUCGGGCAGAGCUGGACUGGAAGUCCAAGCACUACCUCCGAGGCUACCUUUAGCAGCAACAACACCACCUUGGCAAAUACUAUUUCCACCACCACAAGGCGCCAAUCCUCAGCCGCUCCCUCAAGCCGCGAAACCAGCGUCGGUCCCUGCUAUCUGCGAAUGCGUAGUGAUAGCAAUGCGACAGCUCCCGAGCAUGGCAUCAUCAACACCGAUUCCGAGUCUGAUAUGGACGAUGAUCGAGGCUCCUACAUCUCGUUGCCUUACCUUGGUGGAACCCGGGGGUCACCGACUAACAGCACGACUUGCUCUAUCAACAGCGGCUCAAACACAAUGGUUGGCCCUGUAAUUCCAUUGCAGCUACAACAGGGAACUUUGCUCAAAAAGAUCUCCAAGAAGAACCGCUCCAAAGUCGUGCUACUUAGCUAUGAUCAAGACACAAAUAAGCUUCUGUGGGAUCGCGCUCGCCCCCACAAGUUUCUUCAUGUCGAUGAGAUCAAGGAGAUUCGGACCGAGUCAGAUAUUCAGCAGUACGCUCGUGACCUUGGCAUUACAGAUGUUGACGAACGCCAGAAGCUCUUCUCCAUUUCAUAUGUCGUUCCGGACAAGUCCAAGAAAAAGUUCCUUCACCUCAUCGCAGACAAUGUCGAAAUUUACAAGAUUUGGACCACAUUCUUAUUUGACAUGCUGAAGCACCGCCAGGAGGUCAUGACUUCCUUGAUGACUUUCAAUGAGAGGGCAAUUGCCCAGUACUGGCAAUCGGAGAUGCAAAAGCACAAUUCCGAAGACCAGGAAGAGCUUGAUAUCAAUGGCGUUAAGCGAGUGUGCCAGAACUUACACAUCUACAGCUCUCAGGCGACUGUCCAGUCCAAUUUCCGACUCGCUGAUGCUCGGCGGAUUGAGAAGCUCAACUUCUCCGAAUUCCUUGAAUUCGUCCGCCUCAUGAGGCAGAGACAGGAUGUUCACCAACUCAUGCAGAGUGUAGCAGCGAAGCCUGAAGAUGGACUCACCUUGAACGAAUUCCUCGACUUCCUUGAGCACGUUCAAAAGGAGGACGUGACGAACCGGGCCGCCUGGGAGAGUAUCUUUAGAUACUAUAUCCGCAAGCACAGAAACGACGAUGCAGGUACUGAAGUCAAGCCUGAAGAACUCAGCUACAUGUCGGAGACCGCAUUCAUUGGAUUCCUGAGCUCUCGGCAAAAUCUCCCAACUAUCGAUGAACAGCAAGAAUUCACACUUGAUCGACCCAUGAACGAGUACUUCAUCUCCAGCUCACACAACACUUACCUCCUUGGAAGGCAAGUCGCGGGCCAAUCUAGCAUCGAAGGAUACAUCGCUGCUCUUGUGAGAGGCUGCCGCUGCGUCGAGGUCGACUGCUGGGAUGGUGCCGACGGCAACCCCUUGGUGGUCCACGGUCGCACGCUCACUAGCGCCAUUAGCUUCGAGGAGGUCAUGGUCACCAUCAGUAAAUAUGCGUUUGUCAAGUCCAAGUUUCCACUCUGGAUUUCCCUGGAGGUCCACUGCAACCCUGAACAGCAAGCUAUUAUGGCCAAGAUCAUCACGGAUACGUUUGGCGAACGACUUGUUACGGAGCCAUUAGACCCAGAGGCGUCCAAGCUGCCUUCCCCUUCGGAGUUGAUGGAGCGCAUCCUCAUCAAGGUCAAGCAACCGCGGAUGGUCAAGGAAGAACCCAUGAGCGGCGAUAUCUUGAGUACCAGGAAACGCGGAAGCAGCCUCAGUGCCGCAUUCGGAAGGCCGUCCAGCGAUGGCAGCAGCAUUUCCACGUCUCAAUCGCUUCCCCAAAGCCCCAUGCUUAUUCCAAGCAAUUCUGCUCGCAAGCUUAGCGGCAAAGGCCGGGUGAACACCAUCGCCGAAGGCGAGGUGCAAGUGCGCCAGGCAAGCAAUAGCGACUCAGACAGUGGAAGCGACCUUGGCUCGUUCAAGGGAUCCAACAACAUUGUUCCAGUACUGGGCAAGCUGGGAGUGUACUGUGCCGGCCUGAAAUUCUCCGGCUUCGAUGCCCCAGCGGCUAAGAAGUUCAACCACAUCUUCUCCUUUAUGGAGACCAGCUUUGCCAAGAAUUCUCGCACCAAGGAGGAGAAGAUGCAGCUGAACCUUCACAACAUGCGAUAUCUUAUGCGCGUGUACCCAGACGGCUCACGAUUGAACUCUAGCAACUUCGACCCGCUUUCGUACUGGCGCCGCGGUGUUCAGAUGGCCGCUUUGAACUGGCAAACCUUUGACAUGGGCAUGCAGGUUAACCGAGCCAUGUUUGAGGGCGGCACAGAUUCAUCUGGAUAUGUCCUGAAACCCCAAGAGCUUCGCGACAUUCAAGUUCUUCCAUACGACGAAGCCGUCAACGAAGCUCUUGCCCAGGGCAAAAAGGAACGGUCUGUUGUGUCCUUUAGCAUUGACGUUAUCUCUGCCCAACAGCUGAUGCGGCCUGCCAACCUGGCUGCAAACAAGUCGAUGGAUUUUUACGUCGACGUCGACGUCUUUCACGCAAACGACAAGCGCAACAAGAAGGACAAGGAUUUCGAGCUGAGCCAUGAGCCUGACUCGCCUCUGCUACGCCACACGGAAGUAAUUCGUGAGAAUGGUUUCAACCCUAUGUUUAGCAACGGCCAUUUCCGCUUCAAGGUUACGACCAAACACCCAGAGCUGAUCUUUGUUCGUUGGUCCGUCAGGCUAGCUAGCGACGGCGAAAACCACAGCAACAGCACCAAGGAGAAGCCCGCGAUGGCUAGCUACACUGCCAAGCUUACCAAUCUCAAGCGCGGAUAUCGCACACUACCCCUUCUCAACCACGCUGGAGAGCAAUACUUAUUCUCCCGCCUCUUCUGCAAAAUUGAAGUUGACGAUAUUGAAAAGAAGUUUAUCGACGUCCCCCGUGCCGCUCUAGACGGAGGCAGCAAGCUCAAUCUCCUGAACAUACUUGGGCGAAACAGCAACUCAAGCCCCCGGAGCACUAUAGAGAAAAGCAGUAUAGAGAAGCGCAGCUUUGAGAGCAACUGA